AUGCGAGCUGUCAUUUCCGUCUUGACGGCGCUGGUGGUAGAAGGCGUAGCUGGUAAACACUAGAGGAAGCUGAAAACACACUGCCGAUAUUAGAGCCUGAAAACGCCGACCUAAGUGUUCAUUACCGGUCGUAUAAAGUCAGUCGGUGUCGCUCGUCUUUCCGUUGCCACUACUGCUUGUAGCCGCGGCUGUCAGCGUCUACAAAAAGGCUGUCGCUGUGUUAGCCCCCUAGCUUGCUAGCAUAGCCACCUAGCCGUAACUAGCAUUAGCAUCAAACGACAAAAAUGAUAGCGCUGAUCAACAAACUGCUGGACUGGUUCAAGGCGCUCUUCUGGAAGGAGGAGAUGGAGCUCACUCUGGUGGGACUGCAAUACUCCGGGAAAACGACCUUUGUCAACGUGAUAGCGUCUGGACAGUUCAGUGAAGACAUGAUUCCUACAGUUGGCUUCAACAUGAGGAAGAUAACUAAAGGCAACGUCACCAUCAAGCUGUGGGAUAUCGGCGGUCAGCCUCGCUUCAGGAGCAUGUGGGAGCGCUACUGUCGAGGAGUCAGUGCUAUAGUUUACAUGGUGGACGCCGCAGACCCAGAAAAGAUUGAAGCCUCCAAGAACGAGCUCCACAAUCUGCUAGAUAAACCGCAGCUGCAAGGAAUUCCUGUUUUGGUUCUGGGCAAUAAGCGGGACCUACCUGGAGCUCUGGAUGAGAAGGAGCUCAUAGAGAGGAUGAACCUGUCAGCAAUUCAGGACAGAGAGAUCUGCUGCUACUCCAUCUCCUGCAAAGAGAAAGACAACAUUGGUAUGACACACCUGAGUGAGAGGUUUUAUUCAACAACAAAGUUAUUCUCCUAUGAUCUGAUCAGUAAAGAAUGAAACACUUCUAGAUAUCAGACAUCACUCUCCAGUGGUUGAUCCAACACUCCAGGACUAAGAGGAGUUCCUGAAAACAGAGCAGGCCAUGUCCAGUUAACCUGUCUCUGACCAAACCCUCAGAACCCCCCCCAGCCCAGUUAUCCUGUCCACUCAUCUCACCCUAUCCUCAAAUUGAGACCUGACUCCAGUGACCCUCAGCCUCCCCCCCAGGAUGCACUGAUUCCUCUGAGUAUUGUACUGAGCUGUGAGACGUGAAGGGAACUGGUUUGAAACCAAAGCAGAACAUCAUCUUCUUUUGCAUGUUUUUUUAUGCAGACAAAUAAGUUCAGCUUUCAUCAGUUCAUUGUGUCUCAUGACUGAACAGAAGCCUGUCACUCACCCAGCAGCAGCAGCAGCAUUAUGUCCACAAAUUAGCUCAAAGUUCUCACUAAUUUAUUGGAAUCUGAUCCAGAAAGGAACUGCCAGCAGAAAUGUAAAAUCCAGUGUUCCACUGUAUCUGAGUCUAUGUUGGUCUACAUCCUCUUCACAGUGUGAUGUGGAGCCAUGUUGGUGCUGUCUCUCGAUGGAUACUGUGAUCACAUGCAGCAGUUUGUGUCAGUAGUGGCACAGAUGAGUUCAGUCAUAUGGCAGUAAGCUCUACACUACUAACUAAACACUGUAUGCGUGUCUGCAGCUUUCAAAUGAAACAGGCAAAGAAAAGUGGUAUCAGUGCAUCUGAAGCGCUCCACACAACGGCCUCCGUCAGAAUCGGUAAGGUUCCCUGUGGUCUUUCCCCAGAGUGGGUCGCUGGUCAGCAGAGGCUGCUGUGUGGCUCGGUGCUCCCUCCUCACCAUCACGUAUUUGCCCUCGUUUUACGUUCCCCCUUCCUCCGUCUCCUCACAGCCUUCAUCCAUCGUCACAUGAGCGUCUCCAUGUCUGUUGUAAACAGCUUGUUUCCUUUUCUUCUUUUUGGGUGUUAACCUUUCAUCGCCGCCUAUUCCCGUCCCUCGCCCUGGCUCAAGCGAGGGAUUGAAGACCUUUUUAUUGCACUGUUUGUUUGGUUUUGUAAGAUAUUAAUGAGAGUAAUGUUAAUAAUCUUAUUGUGACAUAACCUGGUCUGUUGGCAUUUAAUGAAGUGGUACUUAAACUGAAGACGUUUCUGUUUAUAUGUGUGUAAUAAGCUUUUUAUUUCUUACUUGUUAUAUAUUUUUAUUUUUAUGAUUGUUUUAUUUUGUAGGUUCUCUGGAUGUUUAGCCAGAGUUCAGUGUUUUGUGCCGAGGUCAGCUCAUGUGCCAGAAGUGUCACAUCAUCAACAUGUAAUCAAGUCAGAGAGAGCGGAUCGGCGUAAAUACGAUUCAUAGACGCUCCCACGUACCAGCUGCAUAUCUUGGUUUUAAUGAGACCUUUGUCAUUUUAAGUUGGUCGUGACACAGCUUCAUGAUUCAUAACAUCAAAUCAGACAAAGACAUCCUGUCAAGCGCGACUCAGUUCUGAUAUGGCUCAAAUGUCUCUAGAUGCCAAAUCAUUCAGAGUUUAUGAUCAGUGGCAGCACAAAUGUAAAAUUCCCCCUCUGUAUUAAAAUGCUAGAUUGACAGAAACUGUUCAUUUGACAAAAUUGAAACCUUAAACUGGCUGUAGCUAUUUUCAUGAUGAUUCUGCUGAAAUACUGUAAGGCCAUAGUUCAAACCAGAACAGGUCCUAAAAGCAAAAUCACACAUGAUUUCAGUCAAAUUUAAAUUAUCGGGAACAUACGAUGAGGCGUCCACUGUCUCUGUGCAAUAACCAUUAGCAUUAAAUUCUCACUUUAUUGUCACACUACGUCUAUUUAUUUGUUUUCUUUUGGGUUAAAUUUGGACUUGUCCUGGUUCUGACAACAGCCAUUUAGACUGUAGAACAAACUAAAGGUUGAAAGGUUUUCCAUUAUUGUAACAAAGUUGAGCUCUCAGCAGCGUAGAUGAGGAUCGACCGUCAGUUUUCCACUGAGUUGCAACUAAAGACCAUCAGACAAUUCAAGUUGCCUGUUGCUCAGCACACAAACGAUUGGAAAUUUUGUGAUAUUGUGGGAAGCAGGAUUUAGACAGGACGCAUACAGUGUGUGUUGUCUCUGUCCGUAUCCACAAUGUUAGUCUGUGGCCAUGUUUAGUGUUAAAAUGCUGAUCCUCCAGAAAAGGCAGAUUGGGUUUAACAUGUUAAUGUCAGAAUUCGGGUCAAAGUUUCAGCAAAGUCUUCAGUCCUGUGGAAACAGUGGAAAGCUGCAGACGGUGUCAGAGCUCGGAGGUUCCAGCCCAGAACCACGUAGAUGAGCUGCUCACUAACUGGAAGACCUUACUGGCUGUUUCGCGCAGAGCAGCUGCUCCAGGAAACAGGUUCUUGUUCAGAAAAAUAAACAGAACUUUAUCAUGCGCAGUAUUAUCAGAUUGUUGAGGGAAUUUCAAUCACAUCAGCUACCAGAGCUCUUCUUCAUUUGAUAACAUGCAGCACAGAGGUAUCGGCAGUCGGGUGUCGAUCUGAACCACGACGACCCAAAACAGCUCAGCUCACUCAGUACAGUCCCCGAGGAUCGACGUGUUGGUUCGUCAGCCACUGUGACUAGUUGACCACGCUCACAGGUUUGUAUCCAAUCAGAGUCCCGUGUGUGAACCAUGAAGUCCUCCUGCAGCUCGGUUCUGGUCGGCUCUGGGCCGUUCGGGUCACAUACUGAGGGCAGGGAUUGUGUGAUCUGAGUAUGAACCUUUAGACAUGACAUCACUAAACUGGAAUAUGGUCAUUGUAAUAAGAGUUUGAUCUUUUUAAUAACCUACAAACCUGGACUGUUUAUCGACUUUAAAACGUCACUAACAGCAGUUUGAUCAGCAACAAAAUGUUUCAAAAUUCAGCCAGAGCUCAAGUCACAGUGAACAGAGCGAAGAACAGAGGUCACAAGCUGUUCUCUGAGCGGCUGCUUUGGUUUUUGGCUUCAUGCAGCCGAUACCUGGACCUUCCAUGGUACCACAGCGUAGAUGGAGUGUGUGGACCUUUCCCCGUCCUGUUGCUGGUCUUCCACUGACUGACGCUGGAUUGAAGUGCACGUCCACCUUUGAACGUGCAGGAUGAGCACGGUGACACCAGCCUGUCACUCUGAACCUGUUUGUACAUUAUGCUUUGAUUCUGUUGCUUUAAUGUGUUUUAAUAGAAACAUGCCUGUGUAUGAUACUAAUUAAAUUAAACUACGGAGAAACUACA